CCAUCAUCUACUAUAUUCCAUAAGAGCAUCUUUCUGAUAUUCAGUAACAAUGGCAAAGCUCAUACCCACAAUUGCUCUUGUUAGUGUUUUCUUGUUCAUCAUUGCCAAUGCGUCUUUCGCUUACAGGACCACCAUCACCACCAUUGAGAUUGACGAGUCAAAGGGUGAAAGGGAAGGAUCGAGCUCGCAGCAAUGCCGCCAGGAAGUUCAGAGGAAGGACUUGAGCUCCUGCGAGCGAUACCUGAGGCAAUCAAGUUCAAGAAGAUCAACAGGAGAAGAAGUGUUAAGGAUGCCUGGAGAUGAAAACCAGCAGCAGGAGAGCCAGCAACUCCAGCAAUGCUGCAAUCAGGUAAAGCAAGUAAGAGAUGAAUGCCAAUGUGAAGCAAUCAAAUAUAUCGCAGAGGAUCAGAUUCAGCAGGGACAGCUACAUGGAGAAGAGUCUGAAAGAGUGGCGCAGAGAGCAGGUGAAAUUGUAUCUUCUUGCGGUGUGCGUUGCAUGCGCCAAACUCGAACAAACCCAAGCCAGCAGGGGUGUCGUGGGCAGAUUCAAGAGCAACAAAAUCUCAGGCAAUGCCAGGAAUAUAUCAAACAACAAGUUUCCGGACAGGGACCAAGAAGAAGUGACAAUCAAGAACGGUCUCUUCGUGGGUGCUGUGACCAUCUCAAGCAGAUGCAGUCACAGUGCAGAUGCGAGGGUCUGAGGCAGGCUAUUGAGCAGCAACAGAGCCAGGGGCAACUUCAAGGUCAGGAUGUUUUUGAGGCUUUCAGGACAGCUGCGAAUUUGCCAUCAAUGUGCGGCGUCUCACCAACCGAAUGCCGGUUCUAAAGUCGCAGGAUUAUAUAUAUAUGAAGUAGUUAAUAAAGAUCAUGAUCAGUGAUCACUAGCCCUUCGCAGCUGUUGCUGUGAGAUUAGAAAAUGAUGAUUACGUAGUAGCCAUGUAUCAUGACUGUUGCAAAAUCUAUAAUAAGUUUAUGUGGGUCCUCUGUUAAUUAAUA